AUGAAUGCGGUUGCGGUUUGUAGUGAGAGGAUAGGAACACAUGCUUUCUGGCUACGGAAAAGAAAAUCAUUUUUGAAGAAUGUAGAAUAUGAGAUGUUCAAAUGUUGUGAAGAAACCAGAAAAACAUGUAUCAUAGAUAUAGUCAUGCAAACAGAUAGGAGCAUUCUCAUCAUCAGAUUGCUAAAAUCUGGAAGUCAGUCUUCAGAAUAA